AUGCAGCAUAACUUCAUUCUUGUAAGAGAAUCAGAGCUUGAAGAACUUCUUCACGACGUGGGAACCCUACGGGAACGUUUACGCCUUCUUGUAGGGUAUGAAGAUAGAAAUAACAUCGACAUGGGCAUAGACCUCAGGACAAGAGCACCCCAGAGCGACCGCCCACUACGCUCCCCUACUCCCUACACACCCUUUGCCCCUCCUCCUCCUCCUCCUCCUCCUAGGAACCCUUCCAGACACUAUGGCAUCCCUUCUUCCCCUCCUCCGUCCUUUCUCGAUCCAGAAACCCAACCAAGACACCUCGACUCGCCAACCUCCUCCACAGCACACAACAUCCGUCCGCUACCUUCCCAGCCCGCAACUCCGUUCCACUCUUACGCAGGCAAUCGUGUUCGCACCCGCCCGGGAACUGGCGCUUGGCAGGCGCCUGUUCGGUCUAGUCCGCAUGGCUCCGCGAAUCUUCGACGCGGUCCACCGGCUGUGCAGACGUUGAGGUGGGAGGCGAGAUCUCGUGGCGAGAGGGAGAGGGAGAGGCGCAGGAGGAAUGGUAGGGAUGCGAGAGGUGGGGGUGUGGUUAGAGAGGGGGGAGGAGGUGUUGAUGUUAGAGGAGGAGAUGGAGGGGAUGCGAGGGGUGGAGAAGUCGAGGACCGGGCAGGGCAGGCGAGGGAGAGGGAGGAGGUCAUCGUUGUUAGGGUGCGAGAGGAGGUGGGUAGGGAGGUGAAUGAGAUGCAGACUGGGGCUGAGAAUGAGAGGAGGGUGUAG